CACUGUGCCACUUCCUCAUUCUUCUAUCAGCUGUCACGUGGUAUCCGCCGCAAGCAUGCGAGCUUCCAUCAUCAGAGACGACAUCGAGGAGAUGGGGGUAUGUUUUCUCCACGCCCUCCCGCCCCAUGACGCUUCACCGACGGACUCUUCUUCGGAUCCACGCAUCACCGAGCUUCUCGACGCCUACAGCGACGUGUUCGAAGGCCCGCACGGAGUAGUACCGGAUCGGCCCAUUCGCCACGAGAUUAUUCUCGAGGAAGGGGCCGUUCCUCCACGCGGUUGCAUCUACCGAAUGAGCGAGGAAGAGUUAAGUGUGCUUCGUGCUCAACUCGACGACCUUCUAGAGAAAGGUUGGAUACGGCCUAGCUCAUCGCCAUACGGUGCUCCUGUUCUCUUCGUCCGGAAGAAGAGCAAGGACCUGCGGUUGUGCAUCGAUUAUCGCAAGCUCAACGCGCAGACGGUCAAGAACGCCGGCCCUCUCCCUCGCAUUGACGAUCUUCUCGAAAGAUUGGGCGGCGCCAAGUUUUUCUCCAAGCUGGAUCUCAAGUCAGGCUAUCACCAACUCGAGAUUCGGCAGGAGGACCGUUACAAGACCGAAUUCAAGAUGCGGUAUGGGCAUUUCGAAUGGCUGGUUAUGCCAUUUGGCAUUACGAAUGCCCCAGCCACUUUCCAAGCGGCUAUGACGACGGAGUUCCGACACAUGCUCGAUAGGUUCGUACUCAUCUACCUCGACGACAUCUUGGUGUACAGUCGGAGUUUGGAGGAGCAURUGGAGCACCUGCGCACCGUUUUGGAGCGGCUACGACAAGCCAAGUACAAGGCCAACCGCGAUAAGUGUGAAUUCGCACGGCAGGAGCUCGAGUACUUGGGMCACUAUGUGACGCCGCAAGGCAUCCGUCCGCUUGCGGACAAGAUCGAGGCCAUCCGACAACACUUCAUCAGGGGCUAUGAGUCUGAUCCMGAAUUCGCCACGCUAUAUGCGCAGCUAUCCUCGGAUCACCCACCGGCCAGCCACUAUCGCAUUGCCGAUGGGUACUUGCUCCUACACUCGCGGGGCAAGGACUUACUAUGUGUCCCUCGCGACCGCCGAUUACGGACUCGCCUCCUUGGCGAGUAUCAUGAUGGGCGACUCGCCGGYCAUUUCGGGGUCAACCGCACUAUUGCACGACUACGACAGCGAUUCCGAUGGCCUGACCUCAUCACCGACGUCACGAAGUAUUGCGACUCAUGCGAAGUUUGCCGACGAAGCAAGCCCCGCAACCGKAACCCUUACGGCGAGCUGCGUCCGAUGUCGAUCCCGCAGGAACCCGGUCUCUCCAUYGCCAUGGAUGUCACCGGACCAUUCCCCCGCGACCGCCUCGGACACGACGGCAUUCUCACGGUUGUGGACCGUUUGAGUAAGUACGCGCGGUUUCUCCCUUGCAAGUACUACUCCACGGCUCCCGAGUUGGCACGUCUCCUACACACAGGCUGGAUCUGCGGCCAUGGUGUUCCGGAGGACAUAGUCAGCGACCGCGACACCCGCUUCAUGUCGGCAUUUUGGACUGCACUCAUGCAGGAGUCCGGCACGAAGAUGAAACCAAGUUCGGCUCGGCAUCCACAGACGGAYGGGCARACGGRGCGAGCACAUCAGACGGCUCAGAUGAUGCUUCGUACGCUCAUUCGUCCGGACCAGAAAGAUUGGGUUGACCGCCUCCCCGACAUCGAGUUCGCCUACAACACUUCGGUGCACCCGGCAGUCGCCACCAGAGGCCUCUAUGGCAUUUGCAGGCCCGCCUUCACUUAGGGCGGGCACGAGGCUUGGUUGGGGUCUGAGCCCACCACAGAUAC